AUGUCACGUCAACUUCUAGAGGAAUUGAAGCUGCAACGGGCGAUGUUGGAGUCUUACCAGACAGGCAGACUUACGCCUAUUUUGAAGGAAGAACUGAAGUACCACAUUCAGUCAAGAAGACUCUCAGCGGGCAAGACUGAACUUGUUCUGGGGGUAGAACGAGGACAAAAUAUGGAAUCAAAGCAAUUAAGUCCAGAUGACGUAGCAAGAAGAAAACUGAGGAAAGAACAGAACAGAACAGCAUCAAAGAAAUUUCGUAAAAGGAAAAGGUCCGAAAUCGAGGGUUUGGUUCAGUUGCGUGCUGAGCUGGAGGCGAGGAACGCGGAGCUCAAGAAAUCUGUGGAGAGGCUGCAGGCUGAGAAGGACGCCAUGUGGGAUGAAGUCACUUGCGUCCUACAACAGGUGGCCAAUGACGCGGAUUGAGGCACAGAGCAUGCGCGCGAA